AUGAGCCGCGCACCAAUCAGCCGCGCCCGCCUGAGCGAGCCGAGGGGGAGACGGAGCAUCCGACACCAUUCCCCCCCCGCCUCCGCUCUUCAUUCCAUCCCGUCACUCCCUCCCACCAUCCAUCCCUCCUCCAUCCCUCCUCCAUCCCUCCCUCUCCGCCUCCACGGUCCUGCAGUCCGGGCAGCAGCGCGAAGCGGUGGACACGCGGACGGGAAGCGACGAAAAGAGAGAAGCAGCAGCAGCAGCCAGUUAGAGCAGCGUGAGGCGCGACCCGCGUCCCUUUUGUGAAUCGAUACCGUAGCUUCUCGCUUUCAUUGUCUUGCACAGCCGCCUCUUCGAGGGAUCCGUGACAGCCAUGUCCUACCAAGGCAAGAAGAACAUCCCUCGCAUCACGAGCGAGCGUCUCCUCAUCAAAGGAGGUCGCAUCGUCAACGAUGACCAGUCCUUCCACGGCGACAUCUACAUGGAGGACGGCCUCAUCAAGCAGAUUGGGGACAACCUGAUCGUUCCGGGCGGCGUGAAGACCAUCGACGCGCAGGGCCGCAUGGUUAUCCCGGGUGGCAUAGAUGUGCAUACGCACCUCCAGAUGCCCUACCUGGGCUCCAGCACCGCGGACGACUUCUACCAGGGCACUAAGGCGGCGCUGGCCGGCGGCACCACCAUGAUCAUCGACCACGCAAUCCCAGAGCCGGGCCAGGGGCUCGUGGCGGCGCUCGACGCGUGGCGCGAGUGGGCAGACGCCAAGGUCUGUUGCGACUACUCCCUGCACGUGGCCGUACCCCAGUGGCACGAGGGCGUCGCCGAAGAGCUGGAGAUCCUGGUCAAGGAGCGAGGUAUCAACUCGUUCCUCGUCUACAUGGCGUACAAGGACCAGUACCAGAUGAGCGACACAGAGAUGUACGAGGUGUUCACGUACCUCCGUGACAUCGGCGCCAUCGCCCUGGUUCACGCCGAGAAUGGUGACAUAAUAGCCGAGGAACAGAAGCGAAUCCUGGAGAUGGGAAUCGCCGGUCCCGAAGGUCACGUGCUCAGCCGGCCAGAGGAGGUGGAGGCCGAGGCCGUGAACCGUGCCAUCACCAUCGCCAACCACACCAACUGCCCGCUCUACAUUACCAAGGUCAUGAGCAAGAGCGCUGCCGAUGUCAUCUCGCAAGCGCGCAAAAAAGGCGCGGUGGUGUAUGGGGAACCCAUCACGGCGAGUCUGGGCACCGACGGAUCUCAUUACUGGAGCAAGAACUGGGCCAAAGCCGCGGCCUUCGUCACCUCUCCGCCUCUGAGCCCUGACCCCACCACGCCCGACUACCUCAACUCUCUGCUGUCCUGUGGGGACCUCCAGGUGACGGGCAGCGCACACUGCACAUUCACCACCGCGCAGAAAGCGCUUGGGAAGGACAACUUCACACUCAUCCCAGAAGGAACCAACGGCAUUGAGGAGCGCAUGAGCAUCGUGUGGGACAAGGCAGUGGCCACUGGCAAGAUGGACGAGAACCAGUUCGUGGCCGUGACAAGCACCAACGCCGCCAAGAUUUUCAGCCUCUACCCACGCAAGGGCCGUAUUGCCGUGGGCUCAGACGCCGACCUCGUCAUCUGGGAGCCAGACACAGUCACCACCAUCUCGGCCAAGACGCACACUGCGGCCGUGGAGUACAACAUUUUUGAGGGCAUGGAGGUGCGGGGUGCACCGCUGGUGGUCAUCAGCCAGGGUCGCAUCGUGCUGGAGGAGGGGAAGCUGAGCGCCACGCAGGGCGCUGGCCGCUUCGUUCCACGCAAGGCCUUCCCCGAGCAAGUCUACAAGCGCAUCAAGGCCCGCAACAAGCUGGCCGAGAUGCGGGGCGUGCCGCGGGGCCUGUACGACGGCCCCGUGUUCGAGCUGAGCGGCUCCUCAGUCCGCUCCACCACGGCCACCCCGACCCCGUCGGCGCGCACCUCGCCUGCCAAGUCGGCCGUGCAGUCAGCGCAGCUGCGCAACCUGCACCAGUCCGGCUUCAGCCUCUCAGAAGCUGUGAUCGGCCGCACAGGAGCCCAGGUGGAUGACGAGCUGCCCCGCCGUACGGGACACCGGAUUGUCGCCCCGCCGGGAGGCCGCUCCAACAUCACAUCCCUGGGCUAAGGGCGAGGGGUCGCCCCCGACGGCACGGGAAAAGCCCCGCCCCGCCCCCUCCCCCGUGCCCUCAGCACCCGCCGCCCAGCCCUGGCUGCGCCGCGCAGAUCCCCCCCCCCCGGUCCCCGUCACAGCCAGGCCACACCCCCGUCAGAUGAAGCACCUCGCAUCGCGCGUCACCCACACACCCCUGCCACGGUCGCCCCUAGCCCGCAGUACUGCAACACCCCACCUUACUGCAGCACCCAGCACAGAGGGACCCCCCCGCCCGACCCCCCCGCCCGGCAGGUAGACGUCAACUGUACACCUGUCCGAGGGUCCUGACGCCUGGGAUGCGACGCGGUGGCGUCCUUCACUCAGCGUACCCAGGACCAGCGCUGCUGCCACGCUCGUGUGCGGGGGCAGGGUGGCACGGAGGCACGGCGGGGUCUGCGUGCCGGUCUCCCGUCACGCACGGCUGGGCCUGGCUCUUUGCCGUCUCACGGAAAUUCACUGCCACUUGUCCGCGGCUCCAGACCAGAUCUCUCGCUCGUCAGUACCACGAGAAGGCAAAAUUACAUUUUCAAGGUUUAUUAAAUACAUUUAGGGCAACUAUUGGAAAUGUGAUAAACGUACGUACUUUUAUUGGCCAUAUGAUGAAUCUGUACAUCGAUUGUUUUGCCACCUCAAGUGAUACCAAGAUCUGCUCUGGCCCAAGGACAGCGGCGCUGGUGCCAGCGGCCAGAGCGCCAUAGCCGUAGGUGACUGUGAUGAUGUCCUCACUAUAGUAUUAUGAUUUUUACCCUCACAUCUGUUGUAUUGCCAUGCGCAAGUAAGCGGCCAGUGUGGUAAUGUUCGUGUAACGAGUUGCAGAUUAAGGCUAGGGUAGCCUGUACGUGGCGUGGUGCAUGUUGUUGUGUAUGUGAAUUUGGUGAAUGUGCGUUACAUGGCAAUUUUGGUGCUCGCUCUCCAUCAGUAUACCCCUCCCCCCACCUCCAAUGUCCCCAACGCUCUCUUUGGUAGGGUUCGCUACGCCGCCUGCUCGUGAAUUGAAUUUGCUGUUUAGUUCCUGAAAUAAGUGGUCCCGGGGUCGGGACGCAUCGGGGGCAGGGUCUGAGACCGGGAGCAAAGUGGGCAGUGUGGGUAAGGGGGCUGGGGACAGGUCCCAUCUACUCCACCACUACGUGCACAGCGACACUGACUGCAGGCUGCGGUUCUUUGGAACAUGGAGUAUUUUGCGCACUACGGAGAGGCUGUCGCAGUGGUAGGCAAUUGAUAAGACUCAAGAAGGCUGCGUACGUAAAUUCGCUGUGGGGAUCCUGUCCCUUUCAGUCCAAUAGGGUCGGGCAGCACGGAUCAGCCCUCGUUUACAAAAGCUGCUCAUUCCUCUGGCCACUUAGAUGUAGCGCAGGGCUGCAGGAGAUGUUGCGUUUAAGUACAAUAAAUAUUUUUUGUUAAGAGCAUGUGGCUACAUGCCAGUGCAUGCAGUCUGAACAAACGUUACUCCAUCUCGCAACUGUCCUCCCACGUGCCUGCAACGCUCAUCGCCACUCUUGACUUCUCAGCUGGCGAUGUCACCUGAGGGGCGGCCAUCCAGCCCAGGUGCUGCCGCGGGGCGCCGCGUGAAAGCGUUGCGCGCCCUGCGCUACCGGCGAGCCCUCGGGCCUAGACCCUGCCCCUUUGCCCUACCCCCCCCCCCCCCCCCCUUUGCAGGCUGUGGCCCAUAGCACUCGUGCCCUCCCUGCCCCACACUACUGCACCUCAAUAAAGUCUUUUAUAGCUGUG